AAUAGAGGAUUUCUGAUUUGCAGCGCAGUACAUGCUUUAUUUUACUAUGAAACAGUGCGGAUGUAUUUAGUUUGUCCUGUGGAUUUGUUGUUGACGGAUCAUGGCGAAUUCACUAAAGGAGCGAAAUAUAUUAUGGAUAUAUCUGACUGUAUUUUAUUUGCUUCCGAGGAUGUCUUCUGGGCAAAUUGUGUUUUCUGUGUCGGAGGAGGCCAGUCCGGGGACUGCCGUUGGAAAUAUAGUCAAAGAUUUAAACCUUAAUUUGCAAGAACUGGAACACCGUGGAUUUCAGAUCGCUUCUGGACCCAACAAGAGGUAUUUUGAUGUAAAUAUGAAAACGGGAAUACUUCAAAUUAAAGAGAAAAUAGACCGCGAGGAAAUAUGCGAACAUAGCUUGAAAUGUGCUUUAGAGUUAGAGGCCAUUGUUAAUUCCCCAUUGAACAUGUACCGAUUUGAAGUAAAUGUUUUGGAUAUAAACGACAAUUAUCCCACAUUUCACUCCUCCUCUUUACAAUUAAAUGUAUCUGAGGCGGCAUUUAUAGGGGAAAGGUUUGCAUUACCAAGUGCUGAUGAUGCGGAUGUGGGCAGUAAUUCAGUAAAGAGCUACAAACUGAGUCCAAAUGAACACUUUUCUCUGGAUGUACAGAGCGGAGAUCAGAGUGUAUCUGCUGAAUUAGUGCUGCAGAAAGCUUUAGAUCGAGAGAAGCAGCCUGUGAUCCAGCUCACACUGACCGCUGUAGACGGAGGAAAACCUCCAAGAUCUGGAACAAUGGAGAUAAUAGUUAAUGUUGAAGAUGUAAACGAUAACAUUCCUGUUUUCACAAAGUCACUUUACAAAGCGCGAAUUCCAGAAAAUGCUCCCAUUGGAACCUCUGUUAUCACAGUACAUGCGAGUGAUGCGGAUGAAGGGAUAAAUGGAGAGGUGGUAUAUUCUUUUAUAAAACAUGUUAAUGAUAAACACAUCGAAUCUUUCUCAAUUAAUCAAGUGACUGGUGAAAUUACAGUUAAAGGUAAAUUAGACCACGAGUCCAACAAUGCUGUUGAAAUUCGUGUUCAAGCGAGAGACAAAGGCUCGACUCCAAGAGCAGCUCAUUGUAAAGUUUUGGUCGAAAUAAUGGACGUAAACGACAAUAUUCCUGAAAUAUCUGUAACGUCUCUUGUUAAUGUUGUGAAGGAAGGUUCACCAAAAGGAACAAUGGUCGGUCUGAUUACAGUAAAAGAUGAUGAUUCUGAGGAAAAUGGAUCUGUAAAACUGAAAAUAAUCGAUUCCCUUCCGUUUGUAUUACAGAACACCUAUAAAAAUAAAUAUUCUUUAGUGGUAGAUGGUCCUCUAGACAGAGAGCGCGCGUCCGAGUAUAACGUGACCAUCACAGCUACUGAUGAAGGGACUCCGCCUCUCUCCAGCACCAGUGUCAUUGCUGUACACGUUUCUGAUGUGAAUGACAACGCGCCGCGCUUUCCAGAGCCCGUCAUUAAUGUUUAUGUGAAAGAGAACAGUCAGAUUGGAGCUGUUAUUCAUACAGUUUCUGCUUUAGAUCCUGACGUAGGUGAUAAUGCCCGGAUAACAUAUUCUGUACUGGAAAGCUCUAAAAGCGUUCCGGUAACAUCCAUGAUCAACAUCAACUCUGACAGUGGAGAUAUUCACAGUUUACAGUCGUUUAACUAUGAGGAGAUGAAAACUUUCCAGUUUAAAGUUCAGGCCACAGACUCUGGUGUUCCUCCUCUCAGCAGUAACGUGACUGUAAAUGUUUUUAUCCUGGAUGAGAAUGACAACAGUCCCGGGAUUCUCGCGCCCUAUUCCGAGCUCGGUUCCGUUAACACGGAGAACAUUCUGUAUUCUGCUGAGGCGGGCUACUUUGUGGCCAAGAUCAGGGCUGUAGAUGCAGAUUCUGGUUACAACGCGCUGCUGUCUUACCACAUCUCUGAACCCAAAGGAAACAAUCUGUUCCGAAUCGGAAGCAGCAGCGGGGAGAUCAGGACUAAGAGGAGAAUGAGUGACAAUGACCUGAAAACUCACCCGCUGGUCAUUUUGGUUUGUGAUAACGGAGAGCCCUCACUGUCAGCGACUGUGUCUAUUGAUGUUGUGGUUGUUGAAAGCGCAGGUGACGUCAAGACUCCAUUCAGACACGCGCCGAUAAAGGAGGAGAGUUUCUCGGAUUUAAAUCUGUAUUUGCUGAUCGCCAUUGUGUGUGUGUCCGUCAUCUUUUUACUGAGCCUCAUCAGUUUGAUAGCUGUAAAAUGCCACAGGACAGACGGCAGUUUGGGCAGGUACAGCGCUCCGAUGAUCACCACACACCCUGACGGGAGCUGGUCUUACUCCAAAUCUACUCAGCAGUAUGACGUGUGUUUUAGCUCGGACACACUGAAGAGUGACGUAGUGGUUUUCCCGGCGCAAUUUCCUCCUGCAGAUGCAGAACUGAUCAGUAUUAAUGGAGGAGACACUUUUACCAGAACACAAACACUUCCUAAUAAAGAAAAGGUAAGAGAUCCAGAAUCCGUAUUAAAUUGCUUACUUUCACUAGGUGGCUUGUUGGGUGGUUGAUUUUCAUUUAAAUGCACAAUCAUUGCUUGAAAUGGGCCGGUACGGACCGAUACGCAGUACCUGCACUUCUAUAUUUUAAUCAGUAGCGUACCGUCACUUUUUCUUGUGUACCGGCACUUCUCACAUGUUGCAGGUACUCUGAGCGCUCACACCGAAACAUAGAAUCAGAAAUUAACUUUAUACAUCGCGCGUUUGGAGCUUUUAUAAGCUGUACAAACUAAACAGGUCAAUUGUCUGCGCAACAUGACUGUGACUGAAGCCCAAUUGUUUAAUUUUGCAUGAGUGGCGCACGAAUCACCGUUCACCAGUGUGCUCCAAAAGUGUUAUUUGUUAUUUUCUAUUGAGAUAAUAGUAAAACGCUACGGAGAAAGUCGAACAUGAUCGAAAACAGCCACUAAAAUGACUGAUGAAAAGAGGGGAAAACAUCAUCAUGCAAACAUUUUAAACUCAUGACCACAUUUACUAGAAUUGAUCACGUUCUAUUGUAUUUAUUGUGGCAAUUUUUGACUAGUUGUAGAAUUUAUAACAGAUAAUCCAUUAGCAGAAUAGAUUUAAUUAAAGAAAAUGAAAGAAAAAAUAGUAAUGAUCCUUACUGUAACAAAUUCUAUAGUUAAACAAUCACAAGAACUAUGAACUAGUAGUUAGAAAGAGCUUUAAAAUAUGGACCUUCUUGGAUUAUUGACAAAGCACUUGGUUUUCCCCAAGUGUAAAAUGUUUUCUGCUAACAAUGAAAGAUAUUAGGAAAAACCUGGCUUUCAGGUAUUCCAAGAGAUGAUGGGAAAUUUUAAGUAAAGAUAGUUUGACUUCCCAUGG